AAAGGCCGGCGCACUGCGCAUGCGGAAAGAUGGCGGGCUCGGGAACCUGAGCGCCUCUGCGGUCACCCUGGUCCUCUCUGCGCCUACCCUGAUCCCCUCUGCGCCUGAGCUCAACGCUGGGCGAGUGGGACCGCGGCGCUUCGUGGGUGGAGCCGCAGUGCUCCGUGGGUGGAGCGGGCGGCCCGGACGGCUCUGAAGGGGCCGGGAACGCGCGCGCCAAGCCUCCCGGGAAGGCGGGAGGGCGCGUGGGGCGCGAGGGGCGCGGGACAGCAUGAGUCAGCAGCGAACGGCGCGGAGACUGCCCAGCCUGCUGGUGGACCCGGCGCAGGAAACGGUGCGCCGGCGCUGCCGGGACCCCAUCAACGUGGAGAACCUACUGCCUUCAAAAAUAAGGAUUAAUCUAGAAGAAAAUGUCCAAUAUGUGUCCAUGAGAAGGUCAUGGGAGCACGCAGAGGAAACCUUGCUGUGGUGGCUGAAACCGAGGCUAGAAGCUCUGAAAGUGAAGAGGCCCCGGUUUGAUGUGUCGCUGGUAUACUUAACUCGAAAGUUUAUGGAUCUUGUCAGAUCUGCCCCUGGAGGCAUUCUUGACUUAAACAAGGUUGCCACAAAACUGGGCGUCCGGAAGAGGCGAGUGUAUGACAUCACCAAUGUCUUGGAUGGCAUCGAACUGGUGGAAAAGAAAUCCAAGAACCACAUUCGGUGGAUAGGAUCGGACCUGAACAACUUUGGGGCUGCACCCCAGCAGAAGAAGCUGCAGGCUGAGCUCUCUGACCUGUCGGCAAUGGAAGAUGCCUUGGACGAGUUGAUUAAAGACUGUGCUCAGCAGUUGUUGGAGUUAACAGAUGACAAAGAAAAUGAAAGACUAGCGUAUGUAACCUAUCAGGAUAUCCACGGCAUUCAAGCUUUCCACGAACAGAUUGUCAUUGCGGUGAAGGCUCCAGAGGAAACCAGACUGGAUGUUCCGGCUCCCAGAGAAGAUUCUAUCACAGUACAUAUCAGGAGCACCAAGGGACCCAUUGAUGUGUAUUUGUGUGAAGUAGAACAGAACCACUCAAAUGGUAAGACAGCUGAUGGAACAGGAGCCUCUCCGUGUAAAAGCAGCCAUCCACAGUGCCCAGAGAAAGAAGACAAGCCUCCUCAGCGAGUAAAGAACUUCUCAGUGAGCGGCUGAUAGCAAUGCAGAGUAACAAAGGUCUUUGGAGCAUCCCGAGUGGGUGAAUCAUGUGCUCCGUCCCGCGUGGAUGAAUCCUUUGCCCCACCGUUCGAUCCUCAGCAAUAAGUCUCCUCGGAGUGUUCCCAUGCUCCUAUUCUAGACUUGUAGCAGCACUGAAGGCCAGUGGUGUUCUCCCGAGUAGCCACCAGCGUAGGUCCUUGGAUGGGUUGGUUCCCCAUUCAGAAUCAGCUCUUUCGAUAAUUCCUCACUGCCUUUUGUCAGUGAAAUAGGCCUCUGGCCUCCUGAAAUCGUUCUAUCACAAAGGCCAGCACAAGGACAGACAGCUGGUCGAGGACUGUGCCCUGCCCCAAUGGAUAGCGUUUGCUUCACAGAAGAAUUGCCUUACACUGGUUCACAUUUGCAGUUAGGUGUUGUACACUGGUGAGGUGUACACACAGGGCCAAAUGUGACGCCUUUGUAUAUAUUUGUAUCAUGUUUAGAUUGCUUAUGAAGUAUGUCUGAGUGACACUUAUACUCUAAAACGCCCAAAAUAAUGUAUGUAGGGAAAAUGACAGAACUCUAGUUCCUCAGUUCCCGUAACUUAUUAGAACCCUCUGGGUGGGGAUAAGAGGAGUUUUCUAAAGUUUUACAUGUAGAAGUUUCACAGAUGCCUGUACAUUUAGGUUCAUAUACUUAAAGUAUUUUAAUACGGUCCCCAGUGCUACAAUUGAAGCCACAUACUUCUUGAUUAUAAGCUACCUACAGAGUCAUCAUAUCCCAGUAGAUUGGUGGCAUGCCUCAAAGCAUUGUGGGAAAGUACAGAAUUCCAUCUGGCAACAGAUCAGUUCACUACAAUGUGAAUUUGGUCCUGGUGAAAUUGAAAGCAUUAUUACGCUUUUCGUGAGCAGGUUUUAUAAUGUGUUUCUGUGUGUAGCCUUGCUCCUCAGUCAGAGGGCCUUACCUCCCGUGCAUUGUACCUGCUCUGGCUCCCAGCCUGCCUUCCCAAUCACCUAGCGCUCUCUACCUCAGUGGGUAAGUCAUUUACCUCUCUGUGCCUCAAUCGACUCAGUAAUUUACCACUAGACUGUGAGCUCCACGAGAGACAUGUGUCCAUAGUCACUCUCAGCGCCUUGCACCACGCCUAGUCCAAAACAAGUGCCCAGUGAAUGCCUAGCAAACUCGUGAGUGGGUAAGUGCCCCGUGGGGCCGAUGGAACCCAGAUUGUUGUUGUACAGGAGUCUGGGAAGCAUCAUUAGUGCGUUAAACCUCCUUGCUUUUCAAAAGAUUUGAAGCAGCUUGAAAUAACAAUCAUGUAUACAAAGUAGGGAUCCAAAAUUAAAGUAUUAAAAAAUA